GAUUGCCGGGUCUGGUAAGAUAGUCGCCAUUCGACGCUCAGCCUGGGGAAUCCACCACCCCCGAACGAAAAGGCUGAGACACAUCGAUGAGAAAGUAGUCUCAAUCCGAAUCCAUUUCCAGUAGGGUCCUGCAGCUCCGCGGGGCCAGUUUCCACUGGGGUGGGAAUAGGACACGAUCCUCCUACCAGAAUCCUCUCACGAGAGGGGGAAUUAGGGCCGUCCGUCUAUAAAGAUCUACCAGCAUCUCCACGUGGAUUAUACUGGUGCAUAGCAACUAUUGCUGCUGAUCCUCCAGCCCAGCCGGAAUGACUUACUUAACCACGGACUAUCCGACUGUCAUGAAUGAGGUCGAACCAUCUGUCGUGGUGGCCGACCAGCCCCGACGAUCUGCCUGCGAUCGUUGUCGGGGCCAGAAACUGCGCUGUGAGCGGCCAGUGUCCAACUCGAGUACGACUUCCUCCUGUCGUCGCUGCCUCAAGGCGCAUGUUCGCUGCGUGACAACCAUGUCUCAACCGCAUCGGACGAAACCACUUUCCUCUCUUCAAUCCCUGCAUCACACCGAGUCCAACUAUGAUCCUCAUUUGGCCACGGUAGCGGGGCAACCCUCCGUGACUGCUGCUGCUGCUGCUGCUGCUGCUGCUGCCGACGAUCUAGGAGACAUGGAUCCUAGCUUGCUGGAUAUGACUGGUGCGCAGAACCCUCGUCGUCCCUCACAUCCCCCCAGCAUGGCAAACCCAUGGGACUCGCGGCCACUCGGUCGCACACGGCAGAUGUCCAACCCUGACCAAUUUCCUCCUCCCUCUCCCUUACAUCCGAAUGGCGUGCUGGAUACAGACGGGACACCGUUGCUGGACUCCAUUGACCACCUGCCAGAUAUGAGUGCCAGUCGUGGCUUUGACUUCAGCGCCGCACUCACUCCACACUCCCCGUCCGGGGGCUCGGACUUCUUCGACUACUUUCGUCCCAUGGCCGAGGACAGCGGUCGGUCCCCAUGGAUGGACGCCUUCACACAGGCCCGCCCGGAUCACCGCGAGGGGACGCCGGCGGGGAGCCAUUACCACGGCUCCCUGACAGGCGGAAACCAUUUCCAGCCCUCAUUGCAGUCUUCUCGUGGCUUGAACGGGUUCGAGACGCCCCAGCGCGAGUCCCGCCCUCGCGAGAUGGACAUCGUCAGCAUCAAAAACGAAUGUAUUGCGCGAAUGGGCGAGUUGAACCGCAACCUGCUGCAGGACGUAGGGCUGGUCCACUCGGGCAAAGUGGCGGGGACUCUGCUGUUCUCGCAAGCCUCCCGCUCGACUUAUCUGGAGGUCGAGAAGGGCCGCCAGGGGGGCCAGAACUACGUGAUCGGAAAGAUGUUCCACAGCUCGAAGGAGCUCCUCGACAUCCUCAAGCAGCUGGAGCGAUGUAAAGGCACCUUGUUCCCACCGGGAUGCACCGAGUCCACCACCACCACCACCAGCACAGCAGACGAGACUGGCACCCAUGCCCCUUCCUCGCCCUUGGGAGGCAAUUCUCUUCCACCACUCUCGGGGCCUUCCUCGGCCUCCGCCUCUCGUUCAUCUUCCCGCGCCUCCAUCUCCUCCUCCUCUGCCUCCCUCUCCUCCUCCUCCUCCACCUCCUCCACGUCCGCCCCCAACCCUAACCCCAACACCAGCACCAGCACCAGCACCUCCCCUGCCAUCUCCUUUCAACUCGACACCACCCUCACCCUCCUCUUCCUGACCGGGUACACCAGCCUGAUCCAGCUCUACGAGGGCGUCUUCUCGUUCAUCCGCGACUCGGUGGCCGCCAACCCCUCGGGGUCCAACUUCCUGCCCACCCUACCGAACCUCCAGGUUGGCGGGUUCGAGGUCGGCAGCAGCACGCGCGACCUGCAGAUCUGCAUCCUGCUGCAGGUGAGCACGCACAUGCUCAACCAGAUCGAAGAGCGGCUGCACGCCAUCCGCGACCGCGCGGAGGGCCAUGUCCCCGCCGCGCUGCUGGACACAAUCCUCGAUCGGCGCGAUCCAUCGCAGCGCGGCGCCAAGGGGAGGGAGUUGUGUCGGAUCGUGCGAGAUAUCAAGGAGCAUCUGAGGCAUUAUGCGGAGUAAUAUAUGUGAAAGUAGCUUAUG